AUGGUCCCCAGUGCGCGCUCCGAGCUGGAAGACGCCGUUUCUACUUCUUCCCACGACCCCAGCGAUAACACCCGGAGAAAACCCCAGCAGCGGGCGGGAUAUCCCUCCUCGGCCCCCGCUUCAACCUCCACAUCUCCGGCAGAAGUGAAGAAGCACCAGCACAAACACAGCCUCAAACACCGCUACGAAGUGAUGCAGACGCUGGGCAGAGGCGCGUACGGGAAAGUCAAGAAGGCGAUGGAGAGGGCGUCAAUGCGCACGGUGGCCAUCAAAUCUAUAAGAAAAGAGCGAAUCCAUGAUGACCUGGACCGAAUCCACAUUCAAAGAGAGAUCGAGAUCACGUCAGCCCUGCAGCACCCAAACAUCAUCCGCUUCCACGAGGUGUUUGAGAGCAAAGACAAGAUUGUGAUUGUGAUGGAGUACGCCAGCAGAGGAGAGUUGUUCGAUUACAUCCAGGAAAGAAAACGACUUCAGGAGACAGAGGCCAGAAGCCUCUUUAGACAGAUCACAUCUGCAGUUCACUACCUCCACAAGAAUGGUGUUGUCCAUCGAGACCUAAAGUUGGAAAACAUUCUCCUAGACCAAGACCUCAAUGUCAAGCUGGCGGACUUUGGGCUCUCAAACCACUUCCAAAAGGGUACUCUUCUACAGACGUACUGUGGUAGUCCUCUCUAUGCGUCACCAGAGAUCGUCCAAGGCCAGCCAUACCAAGGCCCAGAGGUGGACUGCUGGGCCCUGGGGGUUCUGCUGUAUGCGUUGAUGUACGGCAGCAUGCCCUUUGAUGGAGCAAGUCACAAAGUACUCAUCGAGCAAAUCAUACACUGUCGCUAUCGCCGACCAGACCCUCCCUCAGAUGCCUGUGCGCUGAUCGACUGGCUGCUGAGUGCUUGUGCGAAGGACAGAGCCACGAUUGAGGACGUGGCAAACCACUGGUGGGUGAACUGGGGCUACGAGGAGAGUGUGUGCGACUGCCCCAGCUCCGCUCAGGACUGCCCCUCUCCGUUGCUUGCCCGCUACAUUGACUGGCAGAAUCAGGCCACUGCUUCUAGCCUCUUCAGCUUACCCCUGAAGCCAGAGCAGGGACUGGGUAGCCUUAAAAAGUCUCGCAAGGAGAACGCAAUCCCUAAGAGUGCGAUGCGGGUGGCCUGUCCGGCUUCUACCGUCGCAGGCAGGAAGCCAAAAGGAAUCCUCAAACAGCAGAGAAGUUUUGACUCUGUCUUUCACAGCCAGGCUAGCGUCGACAUGGCAAGAAACAGCAAUGACAACAUAUCCAACAGUGGACGUUCUACACUCAACCACCACUCGUCUAAAAUGCCCAAAAAGGGAAUCCUCAAGAAUCUUUACGAUGAUUAUGAUCCUUCUGUUGCAAAGGCUAGCUCUGCAGUUGAUGAGACUAGUGUUUUGUGCUCGUCCAAACUGGAUUCUGCCACAGACGAGAGCCCCACCUUGCGCACAGAGGCGGUGAGAAGAAGGAAAGGUAUUCUGAAACGCAAUGGCAAGUUCUCGCGCAGUCUCGACCUCCCUGAUCACCGCGACUUGUCCUUCCAAGCUGCUACACUGCCAGAGACCUUGCAGCGGCUUCUAUCCAGUGCUGGAGUGGGAGAGGUGAGCCGUCCUUCGUCCGUAGUGAGUGAGGACAGUCUCUUCUCCACGGACUCCUUUGACACUCUGGACUUGAGUGCACAAGCACGACGCCGGAUGUUCUCACGAGAGGCAAUACAGCACAGUGGGUGUGGGUCGGAGGAAGAGUGUUCAGGGAUAAUCAGAGAGACUUGA